CGUGAUCACAAGUUCAUGAGUUGGCUUGGUGGGGGCUGUGCACUGCUGCUCCAGGAUGCGGCUGGUCGCAAGCUCGUCGUGUUCGCGUGUCUCGUGCUGCUGUUCGGUCUGACCGAAUUGACCGUCGGCAUCCUCGUGAACAGUCUCGUUCUCCUCACAGACGCCUUCCAUAUGAUCAGCGAUCUGGUUUCGCUGGUCGUCGGUCUCGUUGCAGUCAGGAUUUCCAAAAAAGAUGCAAAUAACAAGUACACGUAUGGCUGGGGCCGCGCGGAAAUUGUCGGCGCAUUUGCCAACGGCUGCAUCCUCCUUGCUGUCUGCGUGUUCAUUUUGCUAGAAGCAAUUCACCGCUUUAUCGAGCUCGAGACAAUUGCUCAGCCAAUGUAUGUCAUUAUUGUCGGUUGCAUCGGUUUUGCCAUGAACAUUAUUGGGUUGGCGCUGUUUCACGGCCACGGACACGGCCACAGUCACGGUGGACAUGGGCAUGGUCACAGUCAUGGCCACAGCCAUAGUCACAGCCAUGGUCAUAGCCAUGAGCACAAGCACGGCCACAGCCAUGAGCACGGCCACAGCCACAGCCACGCAUCAAAGCAGCACGGACGCUUGAACCUGGACGAGUCCGACAGCGACGACGAGCUCGUGUUUGAAGAUGACACACCCAAAAGCCUGCUGCUCCAUGUGGACGACGACAUUCACCUUUCGGAGCACAACAAGCUGCGCGAGUUUACCGCUGGAGAAGAAGAUGCGGAUUGCGACGACCCGGAGCAUGGAAGCCCCAACAAGCGCAAGCGCUCUUCCAACACCAACUUGCAUGCCAUUUUUCUGCACGUGGCUGGCGACUGUCUCAGCAGCGUUGGUGUGAUUGUCAGUGGCGUUCUCGAAGAGUACUUGCCAUACGACUUCCGUUUUUACUUUGAUCCUGCCAUCAGCGUAAUUAUCUCGAUCGUCAUUGCGUUCUCGUGCAUUCCGUUGUUGCGCCGUUGCCUGCGCAUCCUGUUGCAACGAGCGCCCGAUCACAUCCCUUGCGGCCUCAUUCAAGAGCAAAUAGCCAACAUUCCAGCGGUGGAUGAGGUUGUAACGCUGAACGUCUGGGAGCUCUCGGAUACCACUGUUGUCGGAACGGUCGUUGUGCGAGUCAACGCCGAAACCAGCGUGCGCACUGUGACGGAAUCGGUGCGCAGCAUCAUGACCAGCCAUGGCAUCCACCACAUUACGGUUGAGCCUCAGUUUUAAUUUCUUGAUAUCUUUUCAAUGCAUCCGCGGCGUGCAAAUAGCAUCUGUGAAAUACUCAUUUUAGUCGACCCGACAUGCUGGUUUUGUAACACUCAGCCAAGCAACCUCCCUGAGCAAAUAUUACACGCAACGC